GAGCGGGGCCGGACGGAGCCGAACCGGGACCGAGCGGGGCCGGACAGAGCCGAACCGGGACCCAGCCGGGACCGAGCGGGGCCGGACGGAGCCGAACCGGGACCGAGCGGGGCUGAACCGGGACUCAACCGGGACCGAGCGGGGCCGAACCAGGACCGAGCGGGGCCGAACCGGGACCCAGCCGGGACCGAGCGGGGCCGGACGGAGCCGAACCGCGACCCAGCGGGGCCGGACGGAGACGAACCGGGACCGAGCCGGGACCCAGUGGCGCCGAACGGAGCCGAAUCGGGACUGAGCCGGGCCGAACGGAGCCGAACUGGGACCCGGUGGGACUGAACGGAGCCGAGCCGGGACCCAGCAACGCCGAGCGGGGCCGAACCGGGACAGAGCAGAGCCGAAUCGGGACGGAGCGGGAACCCAGCGGGAUUGAACGGGGCCGAACCGGGACAGAGCGGGAACCCAGCGGGACCGAACGGAGCCGAACCGGGACCCAGCGGAGUUGAACGGGAUCAACGAGACAGAGCAGGGACCCAGCGGAGCCGAACGGAGGCCGAGCGGUGCCGGACGGGACCGAAGCGGUUCGGAGCGGUUCGGUGCCGCUCGGUCUCGGUUCGGCCCGGCCCGGAGCGGGGACCCCGGGCCGGUCCCGGCGAUGCGGCCGCUGCCGGUGCCGCUGCUGCUGCUGCUGCUGAGCCCGGUACCGGAGCGGCUCGGGGGCUGCCCCCCGUGUCCCCCCGGUGUCCCCGAGCCCUGCGACAGCCGCUGCCCACCCUGCACCCGCACGCGGAGCCCCGCGGAGGAGGAGCCGGAGGAGCCGUGCCCGCCCUGCCCGCCCUGCACCGACGAGGCCGCGGCGCCGCUCCCUGAGGGGACCCCUCCGGUGUGGGGGGACCCCCGAGUGACCCCGCCGGUGUCGGGGGCUCCCCCCGAGGCGCCCCCCGGGGACAUCAUCCCCCUGUACUGCGCCCUCCUGGCUGCGCUCGUCGUGGGGCUCGUGGCCUACGUGGCCUUCAAGUGCUGGGACACCUGCAGGAAGAAGCGGCAGCUGGACAAGGCGAGGGACACGGGGGACACGGGGGACGUGGAGAAGCUGCGGGGGGACAGCGGCCUGGGGCCCGAGAGCGCCGGCCUGGAGCCACCACGGGCCCCGACCCCCGAGGUGUCCCCGCGGCGCCAGGAGGAGCCGGGAGAGCUGGAGCGGCUCCUGGAGCUGGGAGCGCCCGGCAGCGAGCGGCGCGGCCCCGGCCCCGCGGUGGCACCGGGGGAUGUCACCUCUGCCGUGUGACACUCCCGGCCACACCGGCGCUGCUCCCGCCUCCCGAUGG